AAUCUGUAACGUCAUUUAUGUUGAUUUUCUUCCUUCCCUGCAGACUGAAGAGGCACGGCACACCACCUGGAUCAUGGCAGCUGCAAGACUACGCAAGGCCUUCCACUAUCCUGAAGACUCAGAUGAUGACAAGCAUGAGCGCGAAGAGCUAGACGAAGAGGAGCAGGAAUCAGUAAUAGAACGCUUGCGAGCACAAAAUGACAAGCGCGAUGCGGAAUAUAGUAUUCUUUUCGCUAUCAUCCCACUCUUAUCGGUUUCGAUGUUCAUCCCAUCAGUGUGCUCACGGAGUUCAGAUAUGCAGGAGCGUCUCCUUUCGUUCUUAAGCACUCUUUCAUUAAUAGCAACGGCAUACAUUAUGAAAUCCUUCCCUCUCCAGAAUCCGGAUCCUAAGGGCAAGAGGCCGAUACAAAGUCCAGGUUUUCUAGCACUUUUUCAGAAACUACUUCUCCCUAUAAAUACUGCAGCCUGUAGCUUGUUGCUACUAGUGUACAUCUUCUCUUCCCCGGUGCAAUCAUCGUUCAGUAAACAGCCGACAACAUACAUUGUUCCGGGAGCCAUGCUUGCAAUUAUUAUGCUUGCACGGAAGAUAAUGGUCUCCAUUGAUCUAAAACAUCUUGAGAAUCUCCAGUACAGAUACAAGGGAGCUUAGGAGUUAUACCGACGUUUCGUGGAUGCUCGAGGCUAUUCAUCUCCCAAUCUCCUUCAAUAAUUACUAUUUUGAAUAACGCUAGAUAGCUCAACACUUUCAGUUUCUCC